UAUAAAACACGCACAAAAUCAAAAGUAAUUAAUAUUAUUAGAUAGCGUACUGGGAACUCGUUGAAUUACUUCACCUUAACCAUAAGGAUUCGUUUCGACACAUUUCAUGAAAUAAAGAAGGAGCAAAUCGGAUCGUUUUUCCUGCGGCGCCAUGAACAAACCGUACAGAGGCAUGAUGGAUCACACAGGUUACUUGGGGACGUCCAGGGUCGUACUUAACCAUUUCGACGUCUCCACACAGGCCGACAUACAACAAGUGGCACUCAGCUACGAAUCGGAGGACGAAAUAAUGGGGCGACUGCAUGGCAAGAAACGGGGCACGCCGCAUUACAGCAAACAAGACAUCAGGGAACAGUAUUGUAUAUCGGAUCGUGGACUGGGAGCGUUAGAGAGUGAACGACAAAACAGCCUGUUCGGUUGUCUCUCAUCACACCAAAGCUCGCCUUGUUCGAACAGAGCUUCCUUUCUGACAGCGUGCGUGAGACAAAAAGCCCCAUCCGACGAAAAUCUUCACGAACUCCACAAAAGACAUCCAUCAGAAUACGCUCCGUUUCCCAGACGAUCCAGAUACAUGUUGCCGCCGCUGCAGCCGGAAAUGUUAACUUACGACCAAGACCUCCAAAGUUCGUAUUUUCGACGAAAACCCCAGCAGGACCCGAGCAGGUACACGUGGAUGAGUUCGGACGACGAAAGCGUACGUAUGGAGAAACCGAGAUCGAUUUUGGAACCUUAUCAUUCAACGCCACCUUCAACUUUACCUGGAAAGAAACAUGUCAGUUUUGCCCGGUCACACACUUUAACCUCAUUUGACGACGCCAUAUCAUACUUAAGUUCCUCAUCUACGACCCUGAAUAGGAUGACGAGGAGUCAAGAAAGAUUGUUGGAAGUCGGUACGUUGCCCAUCACCAAGCAACCUGAACCUUCCGAGAACAUUCUCAUGCUAGGUAAUUUUAAAAUUGUUUCUUGGCAAAAAUCUGACGAAAUGGUUACAGAUAAAAUUAAACGGGCACCGAUGAAAACCCAAGCGACACAAACGGAGGCAGCACUCGGCAGAAAACCAGUGCCCCCAAGCAAUAUCAACCUAAGUCCUAGGACUAUGCAUAGGGUGAAGAUGGUAUCUCAAGGAGCACAAACCAACGGCAUCAUCCUCAAUGGUCGCAAGCUCAUGAAAUCUUAUUCAGAAGCUGGUAGCAAAUUUGGGCUGCCACCUUUGCACGACUUCCAGCAAUUCGAGACGAUAUUAGAUCAUGAACCGUUGGCUAGAACACAAUCGGAUGAACCGCCAAGAAGUCCUUUCAUUGUAACAUCACCACCACCACAGCUUCCCGACCUGCCUCCACCAGCUGGUACCCAAAGCGACACUUCCUCAUUGUCCAGAUCCGAGGAUCAUGAAUCCGAAGACUCGGCCGAAUCCAAGAAGGAGAUCUUCAUCGAUUUCAAACCACAAAUUCCACCCGAACAAGGCAAACCCACCAAGAGACCGCUGACGAAAACCAAGAGCGAUGGAGAAAUCUUGGUCGAGCAACGAAAGGCGGCAAUUGUCGAUGAUUCGGUGGUGCCCGAGAAGCCGGUAAUGUCGUUCAGUCACGAGAACAUUGUGGCAGCCGAAGAGGAACCGAAGACAUUCACUCCGUACUUUCAAAAGUCUCCGAUACGCCACGAGGGCAUCUACAAACCGCUGGACGACAACAUUUAUUCGUCCCUGGACCAAACCGUUUACGGGCAAGACUCCAUUGACGAGGAGUUUCACGAGAAUUUAAUUUAUAACAGGAUGUACUACAGGCAAGACUCGCAAGAAUGCGGCAACGGAGUGGCGAUCGUAUUGGACGGUCAUUCACCGAACGACGAAGGGAUCGUACCCAGUUAUUUAGUGCCGGAUCGAAGACUCUCGCCUUUUGCUUCCAACGACUCACUUGCCAAUGACAUUAGGGACCAAUCUGAUGGCAUUUGGAACGAAUCCCAAGCCACUGUACUGCAGGUGGACUCAGGUACUGACAACGGUACAGCGUUAAGUAGUUCGGAAAUGACAUCGGUGGCUUCGCCUUCAUCUGCCAACCUUUUGACGCCGUCUUCUAGAAGAAAACAUCUUCUUAUGCUUCAACAUCAACAAAGAUCUUCCAUGGAUACAGAAGCUCUCGAUGAGGAAUAUGUCGAACAAGUACUGAAUACACAAAUAGCUAUUUGUGAUUUAUUAAAAAUGUUGUUUCAGCCGGAGAACUAUCCGAGAAUUGUUGUAGAGAAACCAACACCAAAACAACUAGAACCUCCAGCUUCUACUUCGAAGAACUACUUAACAACUCAAAGGGCGGUAUCGCCGAUAUGGCGACGCAAACCGUCGGAAACCCUCGCCGAAUCGCCACUGCCCGCAAUCGUGCCCGACCUUCUACUCGCCAGAACCGACUCCUGUAAAACGAACACCGACGUGUCAGAAAGUACGACAACCGACGACUACAUCACUGCCAAUUCCGGAACAGACAGCUCGAGGAAAAGUGGAUCUACUAUGGGCAUCGAUUUGUAUAACCUGAACCCACAUUUGAACGAGGGUAGUUUCGACAGUACCAAAGGCCUCGACCUUCUCGGUGACGACAUGGUGGUACCGUCAUUCUCACCCCCUUGUUCUCCGGCGCACAGCGAAUCACACGGUUCCCCUUUAAGCCGCAGUAUCACCAAUACACCAGUGCCUCACAUCAGAAGACGUUCCAGGACCGGCCGAUCGACUCCGUCCGACGAUAGCAGCUCAUCCUGUGGCAGUUACAGCGUCGGUUCCACACCGGACCUCCUCGACAGGUCGCCGGUCAAAGUAAAGCCAGUGCCUUCCAAAAUACACCAACCCGACGACGACGACCGCAGUCUACACUACUCCUCAUCCGGAUACUACGAAAGCCCUAUGGAAGACGAUUUGACGUGGAAAUCGCCAAAACAUGAUGACGCCCAAAAACGACGACCGUAUACCUUAGAAAUCGGCUUCAAGCAACAACAAGCAGAUUCUUCUUACGCCGCAUCGCCUAGUAGUACUAAACUAAAAACGAUACGCAAGGACCCGAAAACCUCACCCAGAAUAUCACCAUCCAGCGAGACGCUCAAGAUAACCGAAAAACCCAAACGAUCCAAAUCCAGGACGAGAAGUCCAAUGCAAACGCAUAAGAAAACCAUACAGUCGAAGAAAGUCGGACAGUUUGCGGAUGAGAGCAAAGCCACAUCCGAUGAAUCGAGCUGCGAUUUCGGAAUGAAGAAGUACCAGGGCAACCACCAUCAAUUGUCCCCUAGAAAAUCGAAGAAGAACAAGGAGAACAAUAGGAGAAAAUCGUUGCCUAGAAGUCCCACCAGUCAAAGAUCCUCGAAGAGGAACGGAUCGGAUGAAAAAUCCGCAAGUUUACCUGGAAGUUUGAGCCGGAGGAAAUCUGGAAAGCAGAAAAGUUUGCAACCUCAAGAUGUGCUAGCCGGUGGAGAACAUUACAGUCCAACAGUUGGUUCUCCUGGUUCCAAAAGGCACAGCCCACAAAAAAGUCCCGAUACUUCUAACAAACUGAAGGCUUUAAGUGCUGAAUCGUUGCGUUCAGUAUCACCUGGAAGCGACAGCGUUUUCUACAGUGAUCCCAGUAGUCAUGCAGCCGAUCACCAGGUGCACUGCCUUCAUUGCGGCAAAGAAGUUGAUAUUGUGACCACAGAAGAUCCAGACAAGAGUUUGAGCAGCAAUGGUAUGCAACACGAAAUAGUUCAGCCACCUGCGGGAUUCGAAGAUUCGCCCCGAAUAAAACCUCCUGGACGUCUUUACAAGAAACUGGACAGACGUAUCAGAUCAGAGGAUAGAACGCAAGCGGAGGCGCGACGACACAACAGAUAUAGACCGGAUGUCCGUGCGAAAUCGGAAGAACGAGGCGCCAAAACGUACAGGGGCAAACUGCGACCAAUGGCCAAAUCGACGGAUAAUAGUCAAGAGGUGUUGAAGGCGACAGAUUCGAGUCCGAGCGUGCUUCCGGGCGCCCCUGAGGACGAAGACGAUCACGGCGUGUACGACGUGCCUUACAACGACGGCUAUUGGAUAAUCAUCGACGAAUCGGAAGAGGUGACGGCUUGGAAUCGUUCCAUUACUUCACCAGAUCAAUUACCGGAGAAGAAGGAUUCGGUUUCGAGCACCGAGUCGGAACAAGAGUUCGAGAAGAGGUACCAAGCGAUCACGCACAGGAUGGUGCACAGGAAAUCGUGUCUUGAGAUGUACAAGAGGCAAACAACCAAAUCUUUCGUAAACGGUCAUACAUCAAACUCGGACACUCCCGAAGAGUCGAUCGACCUCAGGAACAAACUGGAGGAGAUAUUAAAACUAAUGUUGGUGAUCUGGUGCCAGGAAAACAAAUCACUCAGUGUUCUAACUCAAAAUAAAAGUGAGUGCGAUAAAACGGUGGUGGUGCGUCGAGAAUCCGGCGAGUUCGGCUUCAGGAUCCACGGCUCGAAACCGGUCGUGGUGUCCGCAAUCGAACCCGGAACACCAGCUGAGUCUUCCGGUCUGGAGGUCGGUGACAUAGUUUUGGCGGUUAACGGCGUCAGUGUGCUCGACAAGAGUCACUCGGAGGUCGUGAAGAUCGCGCACGCAGGCAGCGACACCCUCACCCUCGAGGUGGCGAGAACAUGCUACGCAUUAAACACCGCGAACGAAGAGCAUUCCUCGAGCAACAUGUACAGUGGAUAUCUGUGGAAAUUGAGCGGCUACGCAAGCGGGAACAUGACCAAUAAAUGGAUACGGCGCUGGUUCUGCCUGAAGCAAAACAACUGCCUUUACUACUAUAAGACUGAUACGGAGAAACAACCGGUAGGAGUUGUGAUGCUUUUCGACCACGAAAUCGAAAAACUAUCCGACGACGAAGGCGGAUUAUCGAAACCCCACAGAUUCGUUAUCCAGCGACCAGAUUCCGUUCCCUUGCAUUUAGCUGCAGACACUAGCAAUGCCAAAAAUAGAUGGGUAGAAGUAAUAUCGCGAGCAAUAGCAGAUAGUCAAAUAGUGGACGAGUUCCUAGAAGAAACCAAAAGAAAUUUAGUUUUGUCACCGAGCGCGAUACCAAAUCCGGAUUGUUUCGGUUAUCUUGUUAAACUGGGCACGCAGUGGAAGUCGUGGAGUCGACGAUACUGUGUCUUGAAGGACGCAUGUUUGUACUUCUACCAAGACGCCAACGCCAAAAGCGCUUUCGGUGUGGCUUAUUUGCACGGAUACAGGGUGCAACAGUCGAUAUCAGGGAGCAAAAAACAUGCGUUCGAAAUUAUUCCACCGGACACGAGUAAGAAACAUUAUUAUUUCCACACGGAAUCAGAUGCCGAUAGGAAGAGAUGGAUUGCUGCGUUGGAAUACUCCAUAGACAGGUGGUUCAAGAUCCAAUAAAUCUUAUGUUAUCGUUACGAAGACCUUUUAUAAAGUUUAUUGAAUAUUUUUAAGUUUAAUAAAUGUUUACAAAUAUCACUAAAUGUAUAGUAUAUGCAUGUUUUUAUUAUAUUGUAUAUUCAUUGUUAAAUUGCUCAAUGAUUUUAUUAAAAAGAUGUCUAAAAUAUGUAAAUUUUUGUUCAUUUUGAUUUGUAUGAAUUUCCAAAGAAAAAUGAGAAAACAUAAGAUUGUGCACUGCCAAAUAUAUAUGUUGUUUAAUA